AUGAACCAAAAGUGCAAAGUUUGCGGUGAGCCGGCGGCCGGCUUCCACUUCGGAGCUUUUACGUGUGAAGGCUGUAAGUCUUUCUUCGGACGGUCUUACAACAACCUGAACUCCAUCACUGAAUGCAAGAAUAACGGGGAAUGUGUCAUCAACAAGAAGAACCGGACUGCGUGCAAAGCGUGCCGUCUGCGCAAGUGCCUUAUGGUGGGCAUGUCCAAGUCUGGCUCUCGAUAUGGCCGGAGGUCCAACUGGUUCAAGAUUCAUUGUCUCUUACAAGAGCAACAGCAAGCUGCGCAGACGCAUUCUCCUCCUCGAGUGCCACCCUCUCCGCACCAUAUGGCUUCACCUUUUCCCCCUCAUCUCUUCCCAGGUAUGACGAGACCGAGAACAAAAGAAGAACUUGCUCUCCUUGGCUUAGAUGACUAUAAGCCUAACUCUGGUUCCCCGGAUUCACAUCGCAGCGAUUUAUCUCCUAAACUCGAUGAGAAGUCUCGUAUUACCCAUCCCCGCCCUCAAGACAGACCACUCACUCCACCGAGGGAUUUUGUUCCCCAUCCACUAGCCAAUAUGUCCUUGCCCCAUUUCCCCCACUCACCUUUCCUUCCCCCACCACCCUUUAGCCCGUUUGCGCACAACCACCCCCUUUUAUUUCCUCCGGGCUUUCACCCAAUAUAUUCCAGACAUUUGCUGGAUCAUGCCGCACUAAGACAAGCGGAAAACAACAAUGAUGUGAGAAUCGAUGAUCACAAUACAGAGUCGUCCAAACGAUUCUUUUUAGAUGAGAUUUUAAAACAGCAGCGCUCUGUGCCGACUCCGCAAGAGGAUAUCUCUGAAGCAGAAUUUGUUCCCACACCACCAGCAGAAAGGCGAACUUCUGAAUCACCUCUGCAAGAGAAUCCGAUGGACUUGUCAGUGAAAUCUGAUGGGAGGUCUAGUUCGGCUCGACGGCGGUCCGACGAUAGCGAAAUAAUAACGCCAGACCAAGACGACCCCGAGUCGGGCAGCGACCGGGCCUCGGCCAGCGAGGAAGAAGACAUGUCAUAUUCGCAGAUUAAGAGAAUCAAACUCCACCCCCUGGAUUUAACGACCAAAGUUUGA